AUGGCCAGCAAUGUUUCUAUUCGCGCAUCAAUCCACGAUCUUGAAUCAAAAACAUCACUCGUGAGAAGCUCGUUUUCUGUUCUUCCCUCAGUCGAAAACGAGUUUUUCCAAUGGCAAAACACUCUUUUCAUGUCUCAACACUUGUUGCCGAGGGAAAAAGGAAAAAUGGGAUCUCUGUAUUUCGAGCAAAACUUCAUUCACGUGAUCGAAAAGAAGCCUGUUUUGAUUACCAGUUUGAAGAAUGACGGCCUAAUUAUCGAGCAAUCGGAAUCCUUUUUGUACGAGCUCAAAACGUGCAGUGCAUCUGAGAAGGGUAAUGGCUCGUUUCUCGUGGAAUUUUCUUCGCGUAUUAAUAAUUUGCCGUCAACAAACAUUUCAUCGAUAAAAGCUUUUACGCUAUUUCUAGCUUGCUGCACGAUUUUCUCAUCGACCUCCGGUGAAGUUGAAGAAGGCUGA